UCCAUCAAAAUUACCGGCCGCGGCGGUUGCGCCAAGUAUUGUGGUACAGCUCCAUCACCCGGCAACAUUUCAUUCUCCAGCUUACGUCAAUCCUUUACUUCCAAUGUCAACUACCUGAAACGGAGAGAGUCCGGCGCGUACGAGCGUCACGUGUGUCCGGGUGAAAGAUUAAAAGAAAUUCGGUUCUCGUCAGGAGAUUUGAGCUCGGAGCUCGACGAUGAACCGAAUACGGAAUCCGGGCUGGCCUCCGUGGCGCGGCAGGACUCGUCCCAGCCGUAUCAGGCGGUCCCAGAUCGGCCUCUACAAUCUCAGCCGGCACCGCUCCCACCGACCAAUCAACCGCCGAUCCCAGGAGCACCGCCAGCUGGACCACCUCAACCGAUCGGCGGUGAUCUCAGCUUGAACUUGAGACCGGGAUCGAGGACUACCAGCGCACCUUCCUCGCCGGCCAAAAGUCGAGAGAGUUUGUUGCAAAGAGUCCAGAGUCUUACCGGGGCUGCCAGAGAUCAGGGUGCCUCCAUUCUGGGAGCAGCCGUUUCGGGCGCCACGAGAGGACCCUCCUACAGCAAGGAUCGAUGCUUCACUCUCUUAGUGAUAGACGAUCAGAAUACCGAUUGGAGCAAAUAUUUUCGGGGUCGACGGCUACACGGGGAUUAUGAGAUUCGCGUGGAGCAAGCGGAAUUCCGAGAGAUGUCCCUCACGGCGAAUGAAGCAGGCAGUACCGUGUCUAUGGCAGUUUAUCGUAAUGGUACUAAAGUCAUCAGAUCUUUCAAGCCGGAUUUCGUGCUGAUUCGUCAAAAUUUGCGAGACGCUGGAGAGGAUUACAAGAACCUUCUUCUUGGUCUGAUGUACGGUGGCAUCCCGAGCGUUAACAAUCUUACCGCGAUUUACAACUUCCAGGACAAGCCAUGGGUAUUCGCGCAUUUAUUGGCUCUCCAACGUCGCUUGGGCAAAGAUAGUUUCCCCCUGAUCGAGCAGACUUACUACCCGAAUCAUCGUGAAAUGGUGAGCGCUUCGCGAUUCCCCGUAGUAGUGAAAUUAGGACACGCCCACGGAGGUAUCGGCAAGGCCCGCGCCGAAACGAAUCAAGAUUUCUUGGAUCUCGCAUCUUUGGCGGCAUUAACGAAUACUUAUUGCACCGCGGAGCCGUACGUCGACACCAAAUUCGACGUGCACGUGCAGAAAAUAGGAAACAAUUACAAGGCCUUUCUUCGAAAAAGCAUAACUGGAAACUGGAAAUCUAACACGGGCUCGGCCAUGUUGGAGCAAGUACCGGUGAGCGAGCGACAUCGUGUCUGGAUCGACAACGUGUGUCAACUCUUUGGAGGUUUGGAUAUUUGCGCGAUCGAGCUUCUCGUUGGUAAAGAUGGCCGAGAACACAUCAUAGAGGUGAACGAUAGCGCGCUCUCCUUGAUGGGAGACUCUCAGGAAGAAGAUCGCCGUCACAUCGCCGAUUUGGUUACCGCCAAGAUGCAAGCUUGUUGCCGACCAUCCAGCGUUUUAACGAAAACAGCCUCGAGGGGUUCUAUGUCCGGUUCGAGCCAGGCUACGAGUCCCGUCGAAGAUUCGCGUACGGCACCCCCAAGCGUACCUCCUCCGGCAGCACCUUUAGGAUCUCACGGAAGUAUGAGCUCGAUGGCGAGCAUAGGUAGCUUAGGCUCUACGACGGCCUUGGCAGGCGACGUUACUACUUCGGACAGCCAUCAUCAGCUUCAACGUCGUGAUUCUCAAGCAUCCCAAUCGAGCACGGUCAGCAGUGCGCCAUCGGUCGGUCGAAGACAAGAGGAACCACCGGCGAUACCAUCCAGAGUACCGUUUCAUCGUCAGGGUAGUCAGUCUCAGAGUCAAGGAGAAGACACGGAGGAUACGAUGAAGAAUCUUCGAAAAACGUUCGCUGGUAUAUUCGGCGAUAUGUAAUUCGUUGAAUCGAUCGACCAACGCAAAGGAAAAGAUCGAGGGAAAUCCGAUUAAGAAUGCGAUAACGCGAGUCUAUAUGAUUGAUCCUUUUCAAGUCUGAAAAAUAUCGCCUUGUUUAAGGGACUCUUUUGUUUUACCGAUACGGUUUAUAACGUCGACAUUUAAGCGGCUCAACGAUAUCCCAAGUAUUUCCUACGGUAGCCUCGCAUCGAUGCGUAAACGUCUAUAUAUUUGCAGACUGUUCAUUUACUUAUCCGUACUCGAUCCAAACGCGAUUCUUAGAUUAGAAGAAAAUUUUCUCGCUUGUCAGUAGUCGAUAUAUUCGCCGUUUCUCGA